UCUGUCAGUUACAGGAGAUUGUGGUAUGCAUAUGUAAAUCGAAAGAUUAAAUAAAAAUCAUAUUAAAUUCAUUUUCAAAAUUAUUAAAGUAUCCAAUAAAUCAUGGAAUCGAAAUGUUUGUAUGUCACAUUAAAUAGCGAUUCACAAUUGAUGAGAUUGUGAGAUAUUAAUCGUUCAAAAUGCCAAGUCGUCAAACGGGUACAAAUACCAACACAACGAUAUACGAUGAUACGCCAGACCAAACAUCACUUCGCUCUUUAAACGUUGAACUCCGUGAAUAUUUGGAUAGAGCGAACAAUUUUGAACUGUACCCGGGCGCGGAGAGGAUGGAAUACGAUUUCAUAGCUGAGAGGCAAAAUGUACACGGAACUAAUCUGGUCGAGUCUACCGCGCAUUUGAUCAAAGGCUGCCUCGGUGCUGGCAUUCUCGGCAUCCACGAAGGCUACAGCUAUGGAGGUCUCUGGACUUCUCUCGGAGCUAACAUAUUGAUCGGCUUCUUUGUACCAUAUAACAUGUUAUUAUUAAUAGAUGCUGCACAAAGAAUGUAUAUACGAUUAAGAGUUCCGAGACUAUCGUAUCCUGACCUUGUUGAAGCGGUCAUAGCGACUGGACCUAUGAGAUGUUUAAGACCAUAUAGAAAAAUUUUUAGAUAUUCCGUAGAUUUAUUCCUUUUCUUUGGGUUUUGCAGCACAUGUUGUAUUUUCGAAAUCAUGAUUGCCCGAACUUUGAAGGAGGUUUUAGAAACGGUCUCUAUUUCCUUCAAGAACCAUAACUUUUCGAUAUCUAUUUAUAUUUUGUUUGUCUUCGUACCUCUAUUGUCUUUGUGCAUGAUAAGAAGCUUGAAACAUCUGGCGCCGUUUUCUCUCGUCGCUGAUGUAUUUUGUGGCGUCUGUGUUUUAAUCGCCGUGUACUACAGUAUUCUAUACAAAACGUACAAAUAUCGUCCAGCUUGGAAGAGUGUUCGUGGAUUGUUUCGUUUCUGUGGCGUCUGUAUUUAUAGUCUGGACGGUAUAGGUGUUGCCUUGCCUAUCGAGAACUAUAUGACGAAGCCUCAAUACUUCCAUCUUGUGGUACAAUGGGGUAUGACAAUAGUUGUAGUAUCCGUAGCCAGUGUUGGUUUCUUCGGAUAUUGGGCGUGGGGUGAUGCUUGUAGAAGCCCAAUCACAAUGCAUAUGCCCAAAGACCGCGCGUCCCUAGCGCUCCAGUUCUUAAUUGCCAUUUCCCUAGCCGUUACGUUCUCUGUACAUCUGUGGGUGCCGUUUAGAACAAUAUGGCAUUACAUUGGCAGGAGACAUAAGAGGCAAAGAGGAUUUUGGGAGAGAUUGUACAAAGGAAUCUAUGUCAUAAUCAUCACAUGCUUCUCUAUUUUGUUUUCUGAUUUAACAGAAUGGAUGAGCUUUGUAGGUAAUUUCUUCUUAGGAACAGUGGUAUUUAUUUUUCCGGCCUUCAUAGAUAGCUUGGUAAUUUGGGGCGAGACUCAUUCGGCAUACAUGAGAAUUAAAUUACUGCAAAACGUUAUGAUUAUGUUAAUCGGACUUACGUUAUGUUGUGGAGCGAUUUAUUCUUAUGUAGAAUAAAGAAUAAUACUGCA